UUCCAUCGAAUCAACCCGAGAGACAACAUGGUCACCGCCGCCACCAAAGCGAUCGCGUUAGUUUUGCUGUAUUUUUGCUGGCUUCAGCCCCAAAGUGACUGCAAAGAGUACAAUUUCGAUUUUGACCCUCGGGAGCUGGAGUGCCCCGGCAAUGUGACGCACGAGCGUGUGAUGCUGACCGCCUAUCGACCCCAGUUCGACAGUGACACCAAGCGGGACUUCACCGACAUCAAACUGAAGAAGUUGUACACGUUGCAGGACUUCCUAGACAAUCGCGCACCGUACGUUACGGUCGGGAUGGAUCCCAAGCUGCGGGUGCCCUACGGGAAGCCGGUUUGCGUGCCCGAGUUGAACCUUCACUUCCGACGGAACAUCAAGCUGCAGGUGAGGGAUACCCACGAGGAUCUGGCGGACGGGGGUUUUCGUCGGGUAGACAUUUGCGUGCGAACGCAGGCGGACAGUUUUGACGAUGUAGUGAACUUGCUGGAUGCCACGUUAGUGUUUUGAUUGGCGGGAGAAAAACGAUUCUCUGAAUAUAAACUGCAUAUAUGAAAAAAUACAUCAAUUAUGCAACACAUGUCGUUUAUCAGGAAACGAUUACGUGUGGACAGUUUUUGUAGAUCUGUGUUACUGAGAAGCUGGAAUAAUUGAAAAAUUUCUUAUACUCCCUAACAAAUGAAAGCUGUCUCACUCUCAACUCUCAGUCGAAUCACCGGAGAAUUUUCUGUGAAUGUCGUGCUAGUUAACUAGCAAGCAUAAU